GUCGCUAUAGCUGCGGAAGCACUAGCAGUGCGAGCAGCGAUCACAGCGGCCCACUGGGCGGGAACUUCAGGUCGUCGGCUGUGACGCCAAGCACCAGCACUACGUCAUUGAUCGUGCCAUACGCUGGGCAUCGCCCAGUACCUGCCGGCGCACCGUCAAAUCCAGCAUAUGCAGGAGAAGACAUGCGGAUGAGCUACUCUAUGGAUCCUGUGGGGUCUGCCAGGUCUUGCGCUGACGGCCACCCCCGCAGCUCCUGCCCACUGAGCACCGCCAGUGAGGACUUCCAGGCCAUGUCGCAGGGACCUUUGCCUCCCGUCGAUGCCGAAGAGGAGCCAGACACGUUGGGGGGUCGGGAGGUGGAGCUGCUGUGCCAGAAGGCCCAAUGCCUGGUGCGACAGAUUGGCGCGCAGGCUGGCUUUGAGAUUGCGGGAGCGAGGGGCAGCGCCCGAUCCAGCCCUUGCAGGAAGGUCUCGCCUCCGGCAGCCUCGCCAUGCACGCCGACCGGUCGAAGCAGUGAUGCCUGGCAAGCCAGGUUCAGCCCUGCACAAGGCCUGACGGAUUGCAGCGCUGCUCACCUUGGACCCUUUGAGGACUUUUCAGAGCUGAAGGGUCGGCUAUCUCAAGUGGAGCAGGCUUUACAGCACAUGUGCCAGGGUGCGCCAGGGUGCAAGAAUGAGGUGCUGAAUCUGAGAGGUCGGAUGCAGACGGUCGAGUCGGAAGUGGCAGACGUUCGGGCAGAGUUGCGAGAGGUGCGCAGUGCAGUUUCACGAUUGACAUCCUCAGAGAAGCUGAGCUGCGAAGCUAGCGCACCUGUGGCACCAGUCGCGUCUAUCCGAGCGUGCAGCCAGGGCGGUAGUGCACCAAGCCCAUCGAUGCCAGCGAGGCUUCCCGCAGAGCGGGGUGGUGACCAGGCCAUGGCUCCUGCCAACGCCAUCCAUUUUGACGUGUCACCCAGGAAGCCUGGCUUACCUCCGCGCCCGGGAAACUUGGGGACCCAGGCAGCGAGCAAGGUGCAAGUCUCGGCCUUCCCAGCCCUCGCGGCCUUUCAGCAGAAAGCGCCAGGCUGCGUUCAAAACGCAGGGUGGCCAUGUCCUCCAAGCCCGGGCUUCGUGACCCAUAUGACGCAGCCACAGGUAAAUGCACCUCAGACUGUCAGGGCACAUCCAUCUCUGCGACCUAUGCAAGGAGGCUUGACAGCGUCUCCGUUGAGUAUGCGCAUGAACUGGAUGACAGCCUGAGGUCACAUUGGGUAUGAAGGAGUAGUUGCCUGCAUCCAAGCCCGUGUGCGCUUGAGAACGCGAAGGAUGUUGCUGACUUACCCGCGGU